UAUACGGUACCAGGAGGUAUUCGCAGAGAUACGAUUUCUAACAAUUUGAUAUUUUUGAGCGCUUUUGUCGAUACGAAGUGAAAUUUUACAACAUACCUCAAAGGUUCUCGAGCAGGAAAAAAUCGCCAAUAUGGCCCCUCAAUCAGAAGAUCCUGAUGUGAACAUGAAUCAAUCAGUAGAUGAUAAUGAAGAUAUGGAACAAAAGAUUAUCAAUGAAGAGUACAAAACAUGGAAGAAGAACAGCCCUUUCCUCUAUGAUAUGAUUUUAAGCACUGCGCUCGAAUGGCCUACCUUGACAACUCAAUGGUUUCCUGAUGUUAAAGAACCAGCAGGAAAGAACUAUACCGUCCACAGACUUCUUAUUGGCACUCAUACCUCGAACGGCGCACAGAACUAUUUACAAAUUGCCAAUGUCGAGUUGCCAAAAAAUGUCACCCCAAACCAUGUGGAUUACGAUGAGGAUCGAGAGGAGAUUGGAGGUUAUGGAAAACCAUCAUCUGGGGAACAGGCAGCCAUCAAAAUGACCAUCGAGCAGAAGAUUGAUCAUCCGGGAGAGGUUAACAAAGCUAGAUACCAGCCACAAAACCCAAAUAUUAUAGCUACUAUGUGUGUCGAUGGCAGAGUUUUGAUCUUCGAUCGUACCAAGCACAGCAGCCUUCCUAAAGGUGUUGUCAGCCCACAAAUUGAGCUUAUAGGACACAAGAAGGAAGGAUUUGGUCUAGGCUGGAAUCCACACGUUGCUGGCGAACUUGCGACUGGUAGCGAAGACAAAACAGUCCGAUUAUGGGAUCUCAAUACUUUACAGGCGAACGACAACAAAUUGAAGUCGAGUAAAAUUUACACUCACCACACUUCCAUCGUUAACGAUGUCCAAUAUCACCCCUCCCACAAAUCUCUGAUUGGAACAGUCUCAGAUGAUUUGACUCUACAAAUCCUCGAUAUCAGACAACCAGAUACAGAUAAAUCAGUUAGCACAGGCAAAGGUCACACUGAUGCCAUCAACGCACUCGCUUUCAACCCUGCAUCAGAAUUUGUCCUAGCUACCGCAUCAGCAGACAAGACCAUUGGUCUUUGGGAUUUGAGAAAUCUCAAAGAGAGGCUUCAUACACUGGAAGGCCACAUGGAUGCUGUUACUUCGCUUGCUUGGCACCCAACUGAAGAGGCUGUAUUGGGAAGUGGCAGUUAUGAUCGCAGAGUUAUUUUCUGGGAUCUUAGCAGAGUUGGCAUGGAGCAAUUACCAGAUGAUCAGGAUGAUGGACCACCUGAGCUAUUAUUUAUGCACGGAGGUCAUACGAAUCAUCUUGCUGACUUUAGCUGGAACCAAAAUGAACCAUGGGUAGUUUGUAGCGCAGCAGAAGAUAAUCUAAUUCAAAUUUGGAAGGUCUCGGAAGGAAUUGUAGGAAAGGAUAUUGAGGAAAUUCCUAUGGAUGAAUUGGAGCACUAAAUUUGAAUGUGGAGAUUGAGGCAAUGGAAAAUGGGAUAGCCCGGAUGGGAAGAAAAUAUUGAAAUACCCGAGCGUUGUCAAAUGUAUGAAUGAAUGGUAGGGGAACGAAAUGAAAGGGAGUUUACGCGUUUUUUUACGAUCGGUCGCGGCGUUGACUUGACGUAGGUUAGUUGGCUAGUUAGUAGAUGAGCUGAUAAUGAUAAACAUAUCUCAAUAUA